UUCUUUACGUGAAUAGAAAAGAAGAAAGAUAUCAAUGUAGUUGACAUUUAAACCGUAAUAUUUUUGGCUAUAAAUUCRCAAHCAUGUCUUUUUCUACACUAGACACMACGAAUUUUCCUYUAUAUGCCGUAGAUGUCUUGGAUCAGAACCAUUUUCUCGUUGCCGGUGGCGGCGGUGCUGCUAAAACAGGGGUACCAAAUUGUAUGAAUAUUUAUAGAAUAGUUAAAAGCAACAAAACACUUAAAGCAGAUCUUGUACACAAGUUUGAUGCUGGKCAAAGAGCAAUCAUGAACUGUGCCAUUCAUCCUGCAUCAAAGAACACUCUUGCUGUUGGAAUGGACAACAAAUGUCAGCUCAUAGAACUAGAGAGCAAGGAGGAAAUACAAAAUAUUCCRCAACCUCAAGGAAAAAAUAAAAUUGUCAAAAAGAAAGUACUGACAUUUAGUGUGAAGGAAAAGAAAGCAGCCAUAACAGUUGAUGAUACAAAUGCUAAAGAUGAAGAUGAUUUGGGUUUCCAAAAAGUUGUUAAGUUUACAGCUGACGGCAAGCAUAUUGUAACUGGUGGUUCAGAUGGACAUGUUAGAGUUCUUAAGUACCCARGUUUAGAAUGUCUACAUGAUGUUGUGGCACAUAGAACAGAUGUUGAUGAUCUUGAUAUACAUCCUAACUGCAAACAAUUUGUUACAGUAUCRAGAGACACCACAGCAUAUGUCUGGAGGCUUGAGGAGGGCAAGAAGGAAUUCCAGUUGUACUUUUCAGGAGACAGAGAAGAGGGUUUUUUUAGGGUUAGAGCUUGUAGGUUUGGGGUGAAUGAACAUAAAACUGUCAAUUUAUACACCAUCCAUGUUCCAUCAAAGUUUAAUAGGAAGCAGCCAACUCCAAGUUAUCUCGUCAAGUGGGACUGUACCAAAUGGGUACCUGCGUUAAGUCAACCAGCUGGUAUGGACCCUGUAACUCAAAUGGCUAUCAGUAAUGAUGGAAUUUACAUAGGCGUUGGAACCUCAGAUGGUGGUAUUGCAGUUUACGUAGCAUGGAAUUUAAUGCCAAUCAUCAAGCUCCAGGAAGUGCACAAUAUCUUUGUCACUGGACUUAGAUUCCUUCCUCAGUCAAAGCUCAUUAACAAUGAUUUGAAUACAGAAGUAGCUCUUCUUAGCAUUUCUGCAGACAACACAUGUAAAGUUACACUAGUGGCAAAUAAAGGUUUGUACAGCGUCUGGUGGGUUCUUGGAGGCUUUCUCUUGUUGCUGUACACAGUAUUCAUGGCACUUGCAUAUUUAGGAUUCGACUUUUAACUUGUAAUAAUCUUAUAUAAUAAAUUUACUAGGAAACUAAACGUUUGAGACAAUUCUGCAAGGACUGUCAUAAGAAACAAAGGACUUUAGUUACAUUCUACAAUCUUAUUAGUCAAAUACACCUAUUAAAAAGGUUUUUGAAGCCAAAGGAGAUAGGUGGGAAUAGGUGUUAGGCAAUAAUUCAAUAGGAUAGGAUCAAUAGGAGCAAUAGGAGACAGGUCAUGUUAAGAUCCAGUAAUAGCUGGAAUAACUUGCCUUCCUUCUUUCAAAUCAUUUUACACCUAAAUGUAUUUCAAAAAAGAUUGUCAGAGCUAGAGUGAAAGCAAUUAACCCGUGAAAUAAAAAACGUUAGUCAACGUGUAAUACUCAAAUAGACACAAAAGAAAACAAUGGAUUUAGGGUCUAUAAAGUGUAUUAGUCUAAUAUCUAUUUCACGGGUUUAAUGACUUCACUCUAAAAGAGGUUAAGGUGAUAUUUAUUAAAGUGAUACGAGAUACUGUAGGUCAUUUCAAGAUCCAAAAUAAUGUGAAAAGACUAGUCUUUCUUAUUAUUUUAUUAUUCUCAUUAAAAACACAAAAGUUAGUGUUAAGGUAUCAAGUAGUUUUGCAUGGRAAAAAAGCCAUUUUGAACACCUCGAUUAUUUAUGUUUAGAUGUAUGCCCCUAAUUCCCUUCAUUUUUUGAUUGACCUCUUGAAAUUCACCUGUGCAAUAGCCAUUCCGUGGUUCAAAAAUAUAUUUCAUAUUUUUUAUAUUUCAUGUUUAAACUAAGAGUUCAUUUCUAUCGUAUAUACUAUUCACAAUGCUUCUUAUUUUGGAUGCCCUAAACUAAAUGCAAUGCAAGCUGUAAAGUCUUAUAGUAUACAUACUUUCGUAAUAUCAUUAAUGCCAGGGAGUUAAAUAAAAAAUAAUGCACACGAAGCUCUCAAA